GCAGGCUGUCACCUCCCCUCCUCCGCCGAGCUGUCAGAUGACAGCAGCACACAUGAACCUCAAUGCUGCAGACGGAGCUGCGCGUUUGCCGAUUUUACGUCUAAAUAAGUGCUCCUCGGCGUUUUAAUUCAAGCGGGGCAAGAGUAUGACAUGACAUGACACCCUUGUCAUCUCUAUGGACUGACCACAAAAUUGUAGGAGGGUUCAGAGCUGCUAGCUAAUGUUAAUAGUUAGCUUGAAGGCUAGUGGUAGCUAGCUGCUGAACGGAGUCUGGUUCUGCUUUGUGCCGUCAGCUGGCUAACGUUGCAUAGCUGACUCGCUAGCGAAGGUCGGAGGGACUAACGCUAGCUGAUGGUCAAGAGCGUCUAGUUAGCCAUUCGUUAGAAUUAUUGUGUCAUUUUAAUAUUUUGUCUUACGUCUGUAUGUGAACUUAUGUUUUAUUUGUCACGGGGCUCCACAUUCCUCCUGUUUUACACGUUUAUUAAUUUUACGAAAUUUAUCGUUGACGCUUGCUAGCUAGCAGGCAUUUCGGCUACGCUAACGCCAGCUCAGUGAGACCUCACAUCGCAGGGGUGCGGAGAGCUCCAGACUAGUCAAGGAAGGAAGAGAGGUGACUUAUGAUGUGGGCUGGGGGAAGCGGCGGGCUCUUAGGCGAAGGAGAACAGCAGUAUUAGUUUUAACACAUCGUAUUUUCUCAUAUUAGUCAUUGUCGAGGUGGGGCCGUAUCGUCAGUCAAGCUGUGUUGGACGGUGGAUGAAGAAAAGAAUUGGGGCGCUUGAUUUACGAGCUGGCUAAAUGAAUAGUAUUGGUGUUACUGAGUCGUGAGCUGGUGGCCACUGUGUCAGCUUCAAGGGAAUACACUCUGUCAAGAUUAUCGCACAGACUGCAAAAACCAGCCAGUUUGCUUAAAGAUGGCUUCGGCGAGCAGCAUUGCCGCAUCUAUUGCGAGCAAAACGAAGACCAAGAAAAAGCACUUCGUUGCUCAGAAAGUGAAGCUCUUCCGUGCCAGCGACCCUCUGCUCAGCGUGGUUAUGUGGGGAGUCAACCAUUCGAUAAAUGAGUUGAGCCAUGUUCAGAUUCCCAUCAUGCUCAUGCCAGAUGACUUCAAGGCCUAUUCUAAGAUCAAAGUGGACAACCACCUCUUCAACAAGGAGAAUAUGCCCAGCCAUUUCAAGUUCAAGGAGUACUGUCCUCUUGUGUUUCGAAACCUCAGAGAGCGGUUUGGCAUCGAUGAUCAGGACUUCUUGAACUCACUGACGCGCAGUGCUCCCUUGAACAGUGAGGCCCAGGGACGGAGCGGGGCCCGCUUCCACACCUCUUAUGACAAACGCUACGUCAUCAAGACCAUCAGCAGCGAGGACGUUGCAGAGAUGCAUAACAUUCUAAAGAAAUAUCAUCAGUUCAUUGUGGAGUGCCAUGGCAACACACUGCUGCCUCAGUUUCUGGGGAUGUACCGACUCACCGUGGAUGGAGAUGAGACCUACAUGAUUGUUACUCGCAAUGUCUUCUCUCACCGGCUUUCUGUCUACAAAAAAUAUGAUCUCAAGGGUUCCACUGUGGCAAGAGAGGCCAGCGACAAGGAGAAGCAGCCGCCCCAACCAGAGGAUGUGCCCCCGCGGCCCAAAUCUGGUAACGUUCAGCAAAGGCUGCAAACACUGCGGAUUGCCACGCGCUUUUACUGCGCCAUGAAACACGUAAGAGAUGCCAAGGAGCUGCCCACCUACAAGGACAAUGACUUCAUCAAUGAUGGGCAGAAGAUCUACAUUGAUGAGGAGAACAAGAAAAUGUUCCUGGAGAAGCUCAGGAAAGAUGUGGAGUUCCUGGCCCAGCUGAAGCUCAUGGACUACAGCCUGCUGGUGGGGAUCCACGAUGUGGAGCGAGCCGAGCAAGAAGACGUGGAGAGUGAGGAAAAUGAAGCCGAAGAGGAGGGCGAGAGUGACGGAGGGGGCAUCGGCACGCCCCCCGACAGUCCCAGCAACACGCUGGACAGCGCCAAGCCUCUGUCGCCUGGGGAGUUUGACCCCGCCAUUGACGUCUAUGCCAUUAAAAGCAAUGAAACUGCUCCCAGGAAGGAGGUGUACUUCAUGGCUGUCAUAGACAUCCUUCAGCAUUACGAUGCCAAGAAGAAAGCUGCCCACGCCGCCAAGACUGUCAAACAUGGGGCCGGAGCGGAGAUCUCCACGGUGAACCCAGAGCAGUACUCCAAGAGGUUUUAUGAUUUCAUCACCACUAUCCUGUCAUAGCCUCCAGGAGCGACGGAGGGGAGGGGAGGGGAGGGCACAGAGGCACAUGGGCAAGGGAGGGCGGGUGGGGAAGAGAAGUGACGAGAGGCUGUGCUGUGAUGGCUUUGUAUCACUCUCCCUUCCACCAUUCUCCUCAUCCCUCCCCGUUUGUCUGUCUUUCAGGCCACGCUCUGCAGCUACAACAACAACAAAAAAAAAAAAAAAACAUCAUUCGUUUACAUUUAACCUCUCCUCUGUUUAGUUUUGUUCAUGUGUUACUUUGGAUGAUAAGGGUGUUGAAAGCAAGUGUCCAAGUCAUUUUUUUAAAUAUAAUUUGUUUUUGUCUGUAUGGCUGUUCAUGUGGGAAUAUGGCUUCUUUUUUUAUUGCGGCUAGUACACCAUUCAGAAACCUGCUUUUUUUAUCUUGAUGUUGUAUUUGUUUUGCCCUCGUCAUGUUUCGGGGGAAGCGGCGAAGGGAGUGUAUCAUGUGUAUGUAAUCAGGUCAAGGGGAGUGCGGAGGUCAGAUUGCGGCACAAACUGAGGUCCCUCUUGCAUAGACAAAAUGUUACGAGGAAAUUAAUGUUGAGCCUCAGCCUAAUGCAAUUGCUUCGUUUCAGGAAGUAGGAAGCAGUCUUCCAAUAGGCCAACAGUCGGACUCCCCGACCCCUGCUCAAAUGCUAUACAAGUACUCAGCCAAACAAAACUCCUGUUCGGGUUCCUCUUCCAUCACUCGCCCUUUAAGCGCCUCCCCUCCCCCGUCUCAUUCUUCCAUGUACAGUUUCCAGGUUCUCCUCUCAGCGCUUCACAUCAGCUGAGAUGAGUUCACUUGCCGCAGUAAAUUAUAAUGCUCGUUUCCAGCACUUGUCUCUCCUCAGUGGUUGUCGGUGCUGUGUCCCUUUUGCUUUGUCGUGAUGCACAUUGUUUAUGGACGAUAAAGGAGAGGAUGUGUACCUUUACAAAAAGCGAAGAGGAGGGAUCUGAGCACACGAUUUCAUUUAGUUGCAUUUGCUCUUAAUAAUGUUGGGCAUUGAUGUGUCGGCCUGGUUUCGGUUCCCGUAGCAGGGGAUGACUCAGACGCCUGGUGUGACUGUAGUGACUGAGAAGUCGCUCGUUGUUGUAUGUCUGGGGGAAGACACAUGUCACACAGAAACAUCAACGGCCCUUAACUUUUCUGUUGCCAUCAGCACCUUAUGAGUAAAAUCAAAAACGUUGCACUUUUAUUUGUUAUUAGCGGUUAGGAGCUGUUCUGUUACAUGCGCUGCAACAAAGAGGAAAAGGAACUCUUAGAAUUCAAUCUUUAGAGGCCUGAUCUCAAAUCCCAUCUCAGCCAUUUCUCACCUACAGGUACUUCUGACUGUAAGGACUGGCUGGGAAGAAUUUACUGCAAUAUUAGACAGCGCACGAGUUCUUGUGCUAACUAACCUCUCCAGUCCUUCUUUGAGGUGCUCUGGGGUGCUGGUGUUGUGUUGUGCUGGGUUCUGGGACCGGGCCACAGUGAGACUGUGCUUGUGUGUUCAGGGCAGACAGAAGACUGUUUACCUCCAGCAUCGUACCUGCACACGCCCAGUUAUGGCAAGCAAUGUGUGUGUGUGUGUGUGUGUGUGUGUCAGUGUCAGUGUUCAAAAGUUGUAAAGGAGUGAUGCUGGGGAGAGGAGCUGCACAUGUAAAGAUGCACGUUGUUAAGUCAUUAACACCAACAAGCAGCGUUUCUCUUCUCCAGGCCGAGCUGUAAGUCUGUUAUCGGUGGCUGUUUGUGUCGUUGUUGUUGACAUGUUUUUUAAAGGUGGUUUAUCUGUGUUUGAAUUUGGCAGUUUUGUGAAUUGAUGUGGUAAUUUUUUUUGUUUGUUUCUGAGGUUUUUUGUUUUAUGUUUUUGUUUUUUUGUUUUGUUUUUUUGUAUAUUUUGCACAAGAGGAAAGGAACCAAAUGUUACGAAUACAAACCCAAUUAGUCGACAUGGUCUUAACAAGGGAAAUGCAAUAUACUCGUGUGUAAGUGAGAAAAGAUGUUGUGUGUGUGUGUGUGUGUGUGUGUGUGACGUUGUGUAUCACUUCUGGAUAACCAACUUAAAUAAGUAAAGUCGUCCUCUUUGACUAUUCUAACCCAUGCAAAAGGCUUCCAUCACGAUAUGUUUGUUUAGAUAUCAUAGAUUAUAUUCACAUUUUAUAUUUUUACAUUGGAUUUUAGUCAUAAAAUAUAGUCGUAUUUCCAAAAACAAAAAAACAAAAAAAAGGAAGAAAAGAGCCACCUUUAGGAAUGAAUGAUGGUGCUGUGGUAACUGAAGAAUGAUACUGCUUGAAUUUAUACAAUGCUUACUAUAGAUGUACUUAAAAAAAGAAAAACGUAAUGAAAAAACUGCAUGUGACAGGACUGAGUUUCCUUUCCCCUCUUUAGUGUGUGUUGUUGGCUGUUCAGGUUCUCCUUGUGUCCCCACACUAUAACCACAUUUGUGAGCUGUUUGGCGUAAAAUAGUCCCUACCGUGCUUUAAGUAACUGUUUUUCAUUGUAUACACUGUGCAAGAUGUGUGCCUUUAUACUCCAAAAUUAUUUAAUUUUAUACUUUGUAAUCUUUUUUUAAAAAACAAAGCUAAAAGGUUAUUUUAAUAAUAGGGUGUUUGCUCUGACAUGCGUUAUUUCCAACUUUAUUUUCAACCUCCUUCCGCCUCUGUAUUUAGACUUGUUCAGUGAAAUAAAACCAUGCUAACAGUUGUGUUUUAAACGACAAUAGAAAUAGAAAAAGAAAAAAUUGCUGUCUUAAAUUUGAAUAUAGUGGAUCGGUUUUAGUUCUGUAAAUUCAGAUCCGUCAUUCUGAUUAUUCAGUGUGUACAGGCGGCCCCUUUCUUCCUCCUCUUCUUCCUCCUCUUCUUCCUCUUCCUCCUCUUCCUCCUGCUCUUCCUCCUCCUCCUCAGAGGGAUGUGGGGUCUGCUGAUAUUAAUCUUUUUUUUUUCGUUUCACGCUGGUCCUGCCUUUAUAAGAGAAAAACGUGUGUGUGUGAGUGUGUGUGUGUGUGUGUGUGUGUGUGUCGUGAUUGUGUUUCUGUCGUGCUCGUGCUCGCUAACUGACGGUCUGUCUGCUUCUUCAUCACAGUCACCCCACUAACCACAGACACAGUUUUUAAGUGUUUGUCCACAAUUUCACUUCGACUCGUGUUCAUUUCUGAAACUGGUUUAUGUUCUCUUGCUUCCUUACCCCCAUCUUUGUGUGUGUGUGUGUGUGUGUGUGUGCGCGCGCGCGUGCGUAACCCGCGUCAGGGAGGUUGUCAGCUGAUAGUGUGUAUCGGUGGUAGGUGAUAUUAACGUGGCUCGGACUGCGCUUCCGUCGUGUCUUAGAGAACACGGGGGGAUGAGGGAACGCGGUCGUCUUCUACCUGCUUUGCUCUGUCAGACGUAAGCACGUAGAAAACGCGGCAGUGCAUGCCGGGAGAGUGUGUCGCGUGAGGAAGGCGGCGGACUUCAGCAGAUGCAAAUUAAAGACGAUAGUAAGACGCGUCCAGCUGCUGCACCGUGAGGUGAAAGCUUGCUUUGUGACCCAGCAGUCAACCCGCUGCCACCGUUCACUUGCCAAAGGCGUCUCUGAGCAGUCGGAAGUCCCCCACAUGAGCUCUAAGAACACUGUGUGUCGUGUAACGUGUCUUGGUGUUCCAACUGAACCUUGUUUUGGUGUGUUUGACCCCCGUGUGUGUGUUGAGACUGGAGCGAAGUGCGAAUCGCUUGCAUGUGAUCAGGUCCGAAGUUCGGCCCCGUGUGUCCAUGUGCUUUAUCAAGUGUUAGGGAAAAUUUGACAAACGACCGGAGAGCAGGAAAGGUCUGCAGGGCUGGGAAAAAAUGAGGGUUUGUUUUUUCUGGCUUUAAGAUAAAAAAAAAAAAAUCAGCAGUUUUAUUUUUUUGUUUGUUUUUUUUUUUUCUUUUAGAGGAAAAACUACUUUUGAAACACAGAUACGAGGCCAGGAAACUCACAGCUCCUGUGAUUGAGCUUUGGGCUCACAACAGUCCUGAAUACUUUUAGACUACGGCUGAAAGACUUAGAGUAAGCAUUGGUUACUGUGUGUGUGUGUGUGUGUGUGUGUGUGUGUGUGUGUGUGUGUGUGUGUGUGUGUGUGUCUGACUGGUUGGUGAGAGUUCCCUUUCAGUGGCAGAGAGGCCAAAAAUGUUGAUGUAUGUUUAUUGUUCUUCACAUUUAAUGAUGAUGAUGAUGAUGAUGAUACACUCCAUUCCAUACGCGUUCACUCAAACCAAUUAAAGCACUUGUUCUGCUUAA